GCUCGGCCAAUCGGAAGCGCGCUCGCACUUCUACAGAAGCCGAGGUGGGUCCAACCUCGCGCCAGCUUUUAUCCUCCGUUACUCAUCACAACGCCCCCUCGGUAGGGUGCAUGCACGGGGCUCUGCUUUAAACGGCAGCUCUGAGAUGGAAACCCCAUUGCAGAACGAUUUCUAUCCAGAGCAGCAGCACUAUAAGCAGCACCAGCAGCACUACUGCGGACGGGAGGAAGAGCGCUCCGUCAGGCACUGCACCUGCAACAACUCCUCCACCUGCGAGGAUGCCAGAAAAAGCCAGCCUCUGCACGGGACUCCGCUGGGAACUUUAAGGACACCGUCCGUCUCAUCUUCAACCAGGCAAGGCGCUCAGUACAGCGAGUUCACGCCCUCUAGUCAUGGUAGUUCAUCCAGAUACCAUCACCACCACCAUCAUCAUCCUCAUCGCGAUCACAACCGGCAGCAGAUUCGGGGCAGUCCGGCCAGCAGCCACAGAGAGAGUAACUCUUACACCCAAAUAGCCAUGAGCAGCUGCAGAUACAACGGCGGCGUGAUGCGGCCGCUCAGUAACUUGAGCUCGUCCCGCAGAAACCUGCACGAGUUUGAUUCGGAGUCCCAGCCACUGCAACCCGUGUCUGCGGCGGACGCGUCCGACACGCUCGCCUCCAAGCCGGAGAACAACUCCACCACCCUCAUGCCUUACUCGGCGGGGGACGGGGGAGGCGGCGGCGGAGGAGGUGGAGGGGGUGGAUGUAGCCACGGCGGGGGCAAAUCCGGCAAAAAGAAGAACCAGAACAUUGGACAGAAGCUCGGGCACAGGAGGGCCCUGUUUGAGAAAAGAAAGCGUCUGAGCGACUACGCGCUCAUCUUUGGGAUGUUUGGCAUCGUGGUGAUGGUCAUUGAAACUGAACUCUCGUGGGGAGCCUACGGAAAGGAGUCACUGUAUUCUUUAGCCCUAAAAUGCCUGAUAAGCCUUUCUACAAUCAUUCUUCUUGGGUUGAUUAUCAUAUAUCAUGCCAGGGAAAUCCAGCUUUUCAUGGUGGACAACGCUGCAGACGACUGGAGGAUAGCCAUGACCUACGAGCGCAUCUUCUUCAUCUGUCUGGAGAUCUUGGUGUGCGCCAUACACCCCAUCCCGGGCAACUACACCUUCACGUGGACGGCGCGGCUCGCCUUUUCCUACGCACCGUCCAAGACAGACGCUGACGUGGAUAUCAUCCUGUCCAUCCCCAUGUUUCUCCGUCUGUACCUCAUUGCUCGCGUCAUGCUGCUGCAUAGCAAACUCUUCACCGAUGCGUCGUCACGCAGUAUCGGUGCCCUCAACAAGAUAAACUUCAACACACGCUUUGUCAUGAAGACCCUCAUGACUAUCUGUCCCGGGACAGUGCUGCUGGUGUUCACCAUUUCUCUGUGGAUCAUCGCCGCCUGGACUGUGAGGGCGUGCGAAAGAUACCAUGACAACAUGGAUGUAACCAGCAAUUUCCUUGGAGCCAUGUGGUUGAUCUCAAUUACUUUUCUAACCAUUGGAUAUGGGGAUAUGGUCCCUAAUACAUACUGUGGGAAAGGAGUCUGUCUCCUCACCGGCAUUAUGGGAGCCGGAUGCACUGCUUUGGUGGUCGCUGUGGUCGCAAAAAAACUGGAAUUAACCAAAGCCGAAAAACAUGUACAUAACUUUAUGAUGGACACCCAGCUGACAAAAAGGGUGAAAAACACAGCUGCUAAUGUUCUCAGGGAGACGUGGCUCAUAUAUAAAAACACCAAGCUGGUGAGGAAGAUGGACCACGCCAAAGUCAGGAAACAUCAACGCAAGUUCCUUCAAGCCAUUCACCAAGCUCGAAAGUACCACUACUGGGCUCUGAAUGGUCUUGUGUUCAGAUUAAGAAGUGUAAAAAUGGAGCAACGCAAGCUGAAUGACCAAGCAAACUCUCUAGUGGACCUUGCAAAGACUCAAAACAUCAUGUACGACCUGGUCUCGGACCUGAACGAGCGGGGCGAGGACAUGGAGAAGAGGAUUGCACUCCUGGAGACCAAACUGGAGACGUUGCUCAGCAACUUACAGGCGCUUCCAGGCCUCAUCAGUCAGGUGAUCAGCCAGCAACACCGGGACUUCCUGGAGGUGCAACUCCAGCCGUAUGACAAACACUGCCACGAGCGCUCGCAGUCUGUCUCCCGGCGCCGAUCGUCUUCCACUGCGCCGCCCACAUCCUCCGAGAGCAGCUAGGGCUGCCAGCCCAGCCGGCGUCUCCGGAGAAGACUUUCGCCAUCAUAUGGCCAAGUUGCAUUUUACUGUAAAGCCUUAUGGUUUCAAUAAAGUAUUAUCCAAAUUCUGAUGUCACCAUCAGAGGUUACUGGGGAUAAUGUGGUUGAAAUGGAAACCUCCAUACAUAUCUUGUCGAUUUUUUUUUUUUUUUUUACCUCAAUAAAUGAUGCUGUUUCUCUGUUGACAGGAUCACAGAGAGACUUUUCUCAGUAACUAAUGAUGGAAAGAUAUCAGGUGAGCAAGUCCUCCCGGGGGACUUAAUUCAGGAAAGCAAUGUGACGACCUCAAACGGCACCGAAUAGUGCCAGACUAGUGCUUCCUACUGAAUUGUCUGUCUCUGCGUAUGUGAAUGAGAUCUGACCUGUUCUUUGAAUCAACAGGCAUUAAUAACUCUUUAUUGAGGAACUAAUAGCAUGUCUGACCCGAGACGGGGGCAGAUGAGGAAUGCCUCCCCGUCCUGUCCAAAUAGCGAAAACCCUAGAUUUACACUUUGAAAGGAAAGCAUAUAUCUUUUAGGUUAGGAAACGGCAUCAGCUGUAGUGAUCUUCUGUUGUAAGCCCUCUAAAAGUGACUAUUCCGGGGGCCAUGUUGCAAACAAUUUACUCCUCUCAAAAAUGAAUGCAUCUGAAUCUAUACUUGCACUUUUUAUCAAUGCACUUCAAUGCUUACUGACUAUAAUAUGAAUUUAUGUUGCUCAUUCAAAUAGAAAGUCACCUUCAGUCAUAGGAUAAUGGCCAGAAUGUACAAAGAUAAUGAUUGUGUAGGCUACUGCAAGGGCAGCAAAUGAGACCUCGACUGAAAGGACUGUGCUUACAGUGUAGAUGUUAGAUCGCUGCUGUUAUUGCACCAACGUCUCCAUUAGUUCCAACAGCGAUUGAUGUAUCUUUAUAGUGUAGCUGAGGGGAAACUCUCUCGGCUCACUGUGUGCUUUACGCUUAAACGGUCUUCAAAACGAGACGAGAUCUACCGGAUGCUAUUUAUUGACGUAGAUCUGUUUAAGAGCAGCAGCUAUCUUGUAUAUGUUUGGAAAUGCCUAUUUUUGUAUUUCAACGAGGAUAAGCACACCUCCAAAUGCGUAUGUCUUUCUCAAAGGAUGUGUGGUAAAGAACUGUACUCGAGUGUGGACAUGGAAUGUAGAACCAAAGCUUUCAAAAUGAGUAGAAAGAAAGGAAACGGAUGGUACUGUGGAAGAUCUUAAGAUUUCCCAGUAAGCCGUGCUAUUGUACUGUAAUGGAUUUCUCUGGGAUGGCCCUGUGAAUUCAGCUUGUUUUCUGGUGUUAAAGGUCAAACAACUCCACAGCACAAAUCAAAAUAAAGAAGUCUCAUGCUUAUUGUCCGAUCAAUCGGUCUCACGCCUUUCAGAAUGUAAACACAAAUGUCUGUCUGAUGCAAAGAAUUGAUUACCACAAGACUAUUUAUUGUAGGAGCGAUCACCAUACUUUACUAUCAUUUAUUGAUAGCAUGUUAUUGAUAGAUCUGUGCACUUUAGAUUCUGAAGAUAUAUGAUGGGUUAAUGUUGGAUAUAUUGGUGCAUUUCAUGACCUGGCCCAGCAACAACACAUCCCAGGGUUACAGAACCUAAUGAAACAGUGGUGGAUCCAGCAAUUUCACCAACAUAGAAACUAUGAGUGAUUAAAUACUGUAUGCAAAAUGAAUAUAAACAAUAAAAUGAAACUAUUUAACAGAAAAUUAAGUGUGUGG